AUGAUGCCGACUACGAUACCGGCGAAACGUUUUGAGAAUCUACCAAGUCCACUGUCUGAUGCUGGGAAUCAUGACAACUACUAUGACAGACGACUUCGGACUAGGGGCGUUCUACUAAGUCGCCCUGACAACAAGACCAAGUUGCGACAACGAGUGACAACUGUCACCACAAUGGCUCUUGCCAGUGUUGGCACCAUGACAGCUAUCCUGGCAGUGCUUGGCGGCCGGAUUGUGACACCCGUCGCCACAGUUACCGGACUCCGCACCUGGUUCAUGACAGCCAUCCUGGCAGUGCUCGGACUCGGGGCAAUUGUCUUUGCAGGCCUCAGAGCCCUUCUUGUGGUGAUGAAGCUUGAUGGGAUGGUCUGA